CAUCAUGGAAAGCCUCGGGAAAAAAGACGGCAGGUCGAGGGUGUACAAUAAAGUGAAAAUGAGACGCUACAAAGCCAACGCCAGGGAGAGGAACAGAAUGCACGGUUUGAAUGCGGCCCUGGACACGUUAAGGAGAUGCAUGCCUGUACAGAUAACCCACUCAGAUAUGAAUUCGGCACCGCAAAAGUUAUCCAAAAUAGAGACGCUUCGGCUGGCCAGGAAUUACAUCUCGGCGAUGAGCCAGACUCUCCAAGAAGGUCGCCCGAUGGAUAUAGCGAGAUUUAUCGAUAUCCUCAGCAUCGAAUUGAGCCAAACAACGGCCACGUUACUGAGUAACGCGCUACUCGGAUCGGGCAUCGAGUACUGCACCAGGAAGUCGUACGCGAACGCGCCGCACUGUUCGUACGAGAAUUACAGGAACGAGAACUAUUAUCAAAUUAAUGAAUCUUUGAGCGAUUUCUGUUGCGCCGCCGGAGGCGGUUGUUGCCGAUUCGGUUACGGCUAUAGAAAUAUGACCGCGUGGGAUCAUAAAAAUUGCAAAUUUGACAAUUACUUCGGCGUGGAAAACAACUACUUUUACGGCUGUUAAAUUGGUGGUUUGUGCUUUGAAUUUUUGUUAAUGAUUGAAAGACAUCAUACGGAAUCCUAUUUGUUGUGAUCCAGCGCCAAGGUAGUUUUGACAAAAGGCAUAGUUCUAGCUCUUCACAAUACACAAUGCUUACAUUUCCUGUACAAUACCUCGUUAUUUCUAACAAUUCCUUAAAAUGCCCCCUAAUUCUUUUAUUAAUUCAUAUACCCAUCGCUUUGUUA